GUCCAGCUGCUCGUCCCAAGUCAUGGUGAAUGUGCCGCUGAACCUCGGGAUCAGACAGCGCCAGCCAGACUCCACGCUGCUGACGAUGGUCGUGACCCCAGUGGCACUUCAGCCCAUCAAGGCAAAGAACAGGGUGCCCGCGUGGAUGACCACCAUGCAGAAGCUAGGCGCGGAGGGGAAGCCACACGACGAGAUGAAGAAGAACGGCAUGAUCAGCUGCGCGGCCCUGGUCGGGAUCACCGAGGGACUGAUCCAGGACCUCACACUGGACAAAUGCGAGAUGAGGCUUCCGUUCGUGACAGUGGCGUCGACCUACAUAGGCACGCGCGCCAUGGUGGUAGUAAGAAAGUCGGCGGCCUCGGAGCUGAUGGCGGAGCGCCUGGAUCAGCUGGGCGGCGAGAUCAGGACUGGCAUGGCACCAGUGUCGCACAUGGCGGGGCUGCUCCACACGAAGCCCGCGGCC